AUGGCCAAGCACUGGGAGCAGAACAAGGACGCCACCGUCUACGUGGGCAACCUUGACGAGCGCGUCAGCGAGGGCAACCUGUGGGAGCUGAUGACGCAGAUGGGCCCCGUCUACAACGUGCACAUGCCCAUGGACCGCGUGUCGCGCACGCACCAGGGCUACGGCUUCGUCGAGUUCGACACGCCCGAGAGCGCCGACUACGCGUCCAAGGUGCUCAACGGCAUCCGCCUGCACCAGAAGCCCAUCCGCGUCAACAAGGCCAGCGCCGACAAGCAGAAGCCAACCGACAUCGGCGCCGAGCUGUUCGUCAACAACCUCGACCAGCAGGUCGACGAGAAGAUCCUCUUCGACACCUUCUCGCAGUUCGGCACCCUCGUCGCCCCGCCCACCGUCAUCCGCGACCAGAACAACCUGUCCAAGGGCUACGGCUUCGUCUCCUAUGACUCCUUCGAGGCUUCCGACGCCGCCAGGGAGACCAUGAGCGGCCAGUACCUCCUCAGCAAGCAGAUCACCGUCGAGUACGCCUACAAGAAGGACGGCAAGGGCGAGCGCCACGGCGACGAGGCCGAGCGGAAGCUCGCCGCGGAGGGCAAGAAGCACAACGUCGUCCCGGAGCAGCAGCCCCUGCCGCCCGCCUUCCUCAUGUCCGCCGCCUCCUCCGCCCCAGGCACGGCAGCAAACGGCGCAGCCCCGCCCACUCCAGUCACCCCGUACGGCGCCGACGCGCCCGCCGUACCCCCGCCAGGCCCAACGCCAUCGCCCGGCAUGCCACCCAUGGGAAUGCCCGGCGGCUUCGCGCCCCCUGUACCCCCUGUCGCGGCUGCCGCGCCAGGCGGUCCCGGCAUGCCGCCCAGGUUCGACCCAGGCCACGCCGGGCUGCCUCAUCAACCUCCCAUGGUGCCGCCAGGAUUCGGGCGCGGCGCGAGCAACCUGCCCCCUGCGGUGCCCGGCCUGCCUGCCCGGCCGCCGGUGCCGUCUGUCGGAUUCGGUGGUAUGGCCAGCGAUUUCCAUCCCGGCCGCCCCGGCGCGCCCCCAGGCGCCGGUGGUCCUCCUGGCUUCGGCGUGGCCCCUCCUGCUGGAUUUGGGGCCCCCAAUGGCACCCCACCACCGCCACCUGGGUUCAUGCCUCCGCCUGCUGGGUUCGGCGGUCCACCGCCCGGGCAGGCGCCGCCUGGGUUCGGUCGGCGUUGA